AAUAAACGCCGAAAAUAAGGUCUGAGGUUAACACAGGUUUAGGAUAGUAUAGACGUUUUGUUAUAUGACAUUUUACCGUCAGUUAACAUUACCUUUAUGUGAUUUGUGUUUUGUAUUAUUACAUACAUUCUUCUAAUUUCACAAAAAGCGACAUUAGCUCAUAAAGAUUGUCAAAGAACAAAAUGUAUCGCCUAAGCCUGUGUUUACCACAAUCAUUAGUUUCGGUGAUUAUUCCCCAAAAAACUACAACGCCAUUAAUUUGCCUCAUAGGCUUUGUCCAACGAACCAUGGCAGAGUUAUCGCCUAUAAAAAGGCGCCAUUACUAUUUCUCUCUAUGCCCUCUCUCACCCCGGUUUAGCAAGAAAAUCCGUGAAGAGCCGUGCUUUUUUAAUGGGUGAUUUGAGUGCAGUGAUGCCUACCAUACUAAACCAUCUUUGGCCAGACAGUGGAUGGACGCUGUGUCUCCACUUCCGCAUGUUCACGGAUUUGUAGGUUACGUUGUGUCCCGAUUACACCGUGUACUUUCCUUUCACGUUUUUGUGUCCCCGAUCGCUCCACCCUUGGAAGAAUAAAUCAGUCAAUUAUACAACACACUCUGCCCCCCUCCUCCUUAUCCACAUGCAUUGGAGUCUUGGGCCCCGGCGUACCGGCUCCAGCCAUGUCGGCAAGGAAUGCAGCGGCUGGCGGCGGUGACAGAGCGACAGGGGAACAGACAGGGGAUGUGUUGGUGGAGGAAAACCAAAGCCAUUCUGUCUCUCUGCCCAGCUUGAUGACCCCCACCUCAGCCGCUGGCAUGACCUCAGGAAUGGAACUGCCCCGGAAACGCAAGGGAAGCAUGGACAUGGAAAUCAAAUCGGCCUCCAGUCUGGUUGCAGAUAUGAAAGAUGAAGAAGACCGGUCUGAAGGGGAGGACUCUCAGGCUAAAAUCAAAUGCUUCAGGGAACCUCACAGCCAGAUCGAGAAGCGGCGGCGGGACAAGAUGAACAACCUGAUCGACGAGCUGUCAGCCAUGAUUCCCACCUGUAACCCCAUGUCCCGCAAGCUGGACAAACUCACCGUGCUCAGGAUGGCUGUACAGCACCUCAAAUCCCUCAAAGGUUCCACCUGUUCCUUUGCUGAAGCCAAUUAUAAGCCUUCAUUCCUCCCUGAUGACGAGCUCAAACACCUCAUUCUCAAGGCUGCAGACGGGUUCCUGUUCGUAGUGGGCUGUGAUCGUGGAAAAAUAGUCUUUGUCUCAGAGUCCAUCAACAAGACACUGAAUUACAGCCAGACGGAACUGAUUGGACAGAGUCUCUUUGACUACAUUCACCCAAAGGACAUGGGGAAAGUAAAGGAGCAGCUCUCAGCUUCUGAGUUAUACCCCCGCGAGCGACUAAUAGAUGCCAAAACGGGCCUGCAGGUCCAGGCUGACCUCCCGGUCGGAGCAGCUCGGCUGUGUCCGGGCGCGCGACGCUCCUUCUUCUGCCGCAUGAAGUACCACAAGAUCUCGGUCAAACAGGAGGACAAGGAAUUCCAGCCCAGCACAUCGAAAAAGAAAGAGUCUGAGAAGUACUGCACUGUCCACUGCACAGGCUACAUUCGCAGCUGGCCCACCAGUCAGCUGGGGGAGGAGGGGGGUGAGGGGGAGGCUGACAAGGACAGCUCUCACUUCAGCUGCCUGGUGGCCGUGGGCCGUGUCCACCCCCACGCCGCCUCUCUUGUCAACGGGGUCAACGAGGUCCUGGUCAAAGCAACGGAGUUCGUCACGCGCUACGCCAUGGAUGGCAAGUUCACCUUCGUCGACCAACGAGCCACCACUGUCCUAGGAUACUUACCCCAGGAGCUGCUUGGAACGUCAUGCUACGAAUACUUCCAUCAACAUGACUUGCCACAUUUAGCAGAACGACAUCGAAAAGUGCUGCGGAGUAAAGAGAAAAUAGAGACAAAUUGCUACAAAUUCAAAACGAAACAUGGCUCUUUUGUCACACUACAAAGUCGGAUGUUUAGUUUCAUAAAUCCCUGGACCAAAGAAGUAGAAUACAUAGUGUCAACCAAUACUGUCAUAUCUGACCAAUGUCCAACAGACAGAUCUGGAGACAAAGCAGAACAGUCAACUAAUUCCAAGGCUUCUGAAGACGAUGGCAAUAAGUCUCUUCCCAUCAUCCCGGGGAUCUCCUGUGCUUCCACUACCAUGAUCUAUGCAGGGAGCAUCGGGACCCAGAUCGCUAAUGAGCUGCUGGACUACAACAGGAUGAACUCGUCCCCAUCCAGCGGUAAUGUCAGCCCCUUCACUGUGCUGAAGGACAAGUCUCCUCUGCAACUUACACUGUCCAGCAGCAACGUGCCAAAUGGAGAGGUGGCAGACCUGGAGAUGCCAGGGAAGUCCAGUUUAGAGGAAGGAGAACAACAAGAACACAAAAGACCACAAUUCCCUGCAGGAGAAUCACUCAUGGUGGAAACUUCCCAGCUGGAUAUGGAGAAUAUGAUGGACCCUGGCCUGGGAGGCCUUAGUAAUGACGAGGCGGCCAUGGCAGUGAUAAUGAGCCUGCUGGAGACGGACGCCGACCUGGGCGAGGCCGUGGUCAUGGAUGAGAUCAACUGGUCCCUCUGAACUGGUCCCUCUGUCUCAUCUCUACUGAAACUCUCCACGUCUCACUAAAAUUGACUGCACUGAUCUCUCUGAAACAUGCCACAGCUCACUGAAAUUCGCAGCCUCUCUGAAAUGCCCCCCCCCUUAGCUCUCUGAAACACACUACAGCUCUCCAUAACUCGACCCAAACACAGCAUUUCCCUCAGUACAGUUUUCUCUCUCACCAGAUAUCGGCUCCCUUUUUAAAACAUAUUUUUAUUUAUUUAUUAGUUGUUUUAGUUUUUUUCCACAUAAGCUGUGUAAUCUUCAGGUGGCUGUUUUCAUUUUUUUUUUUUUAAGACAAUGCGAUCGAUUGGCGAUAAGGGACAACAGCUCUCCACCACUUUCAGUAGGAGGAAGAGAAGAGUCUGAGGCUGUGCCUACAAAGCCUUUCAGGUGGCCAUUUUGACUGUUCUUGGCGGCUAAUUGUCCGUAUCUGCUUUCCUCAGACCUACAGAUCACGUUCCCCUGCUCAGACGUUGCAUGCGUCUACCAAUUAUUGCGUGCCAAGUCAUCGGCUGUGUCAUCGACUGACCGAUUACUAUAACAUAUGAUGUGGUUAGCUGAUACGUACAAUUCUUAUCCAGGGGUUAUAAGAUCUGGCAUGCAUCAGCUACGCCUGGGCAGAGGAACGCGCCCACAGCCCCUCCCCAUCUCUGGAGUGGCCUUAGGAGGCGUGGCCUAUUUGAGCAGCAGCCAUUUUGUGUCCCCACAUGUCACAUCCUGUAAGACUAUGGCUGAAUCCCAAAUCACUCCCUUCACCCCUUGACCCUCCAUUUGCGCUUUCACGUGUGCCUCCGCCAUAUGCACAAGUGUCCCAAAGCAGAGGGAGAGAUUAGACAGCCAAGCAAACAAGGUUGCAGGCUUUAGAGCGAAGUGCUAUCCCGACACGCUCCGCGAUAUGUUUUGAGUUUCCGCAAAUAUUUUUAUUUGAAUAUACAAGUAGUUGAAUAUUGGAAUGCAUUUGGCAAUACACUUGGAAAGUAUUGGCAUGUAUUUGAAAAUAACCAGUAUUUAUACAAAUAUUUAAAUACUCCCAUGCUUUUGAACCCAGGUCUGUUUGGUCCUAGGUUUAUUUUAAAUCAUAUAUUUGGAAGUAACCAUUUGAAAAUACUUAUGCUUAAAUAGUAGGCUAUUUUAUAGGAAAUCAUUUGAAAAUACUUCUAAUAGAAGUAGUUGAUUUGGCACCACAUUAUUUGAAAAUGAUUAAAUACACAUUUCUGGUCGACAUUGAGAGUCACUGAUAGUCCGCUAUCAAUGCGCCACUUCGAGAUUUUCCCACCAUCAGAGGAACUGGGUGGGUGGGUGCGGGUCACGGCCUAACCACCAACUCUCUGGCACACAGCAUUUGGACCGACGUGUGAAGACCUGGUAUGGAUAAAUGCCACGUUCAUCCACCAUGUUGACACAGUCUUAAAAACAGAAAUGGAGGUUUAAGGGAAUAGACUUAAAUUCUAUUAUUAAAGUAGAGAUGUAUCAAAUACCUUAUAUCAAAGUGUACAGUUUAUAAAUGAUCUCUGAAUCAGGGAUCACUCAGGGAGCAACAGAACAGAAACCACCCCUCAUUCCUCCAUUUCAUGUUUAUUCAAUCUUUUAAAUUUUUUUUAUCACUUGUAGCAGUGUUUAUUUCUCAGGCUAUAUAUCAAAAACCUAUAGUACGUGGCAGUACAGACGUUGGUGUUGUUGUAAAGUGAUUUUGUUUUUCGGCUUUAUGACGCCCAUGCUUUGACUUAAUUUCAUGUGUCAUAAUGCACUGAUAGACAACAGUCUUAUACAGCUCGUUCAGGAGGUGCUACUUCAGAGGUCAACCGAGUAGUUUGUGGUGUGUGGAUUCUUUAAGGGACUACUAUGCAGAGUGAACAUUCCAGAACAUCAAUAUACAUCUCUGUCUCUCGCUUACUGUUCAAACCAGGGGUUGUAACCAUAAUUAUUUUUCGUUACAUUCCACUGUUCCGACCAGCAAAAUAAAGUUCUGAACCGGUUCAAAACCCCUAAAAAAAUAAUGGUUUAUAUCAUUCCUUUCUCUUCCUUUUUAAACUUCUUUAGCUCAACAUUAAAUGACUUCACCAAUCCGUGUGGAUGGAGCAGCUUGCUAUGGAGUGGGCAAGCUGUGAUAGAUGUUUACAUGCAUUGGGCACAAGAUGUGACUGAAAUUUUGCAGGUGGGGAGAGAGCGAGCAAGAGGGUGGAGGAGACUUGGCUUGAAGUGCUGGGUAUUUUGUUAUGACAUGCAUUAUCUGAAUUAGGAUCACAGCAUUAUACUUGUGGAGGAGCAGAUUCAAUGAAGGAACUUUGAAUGUCUUUGAACUUCCAAGAGUUGGCUUAACUUUGGACCAGAAGCUUGUGUGUGUGCAGAGCGUCACCAGAAUUAAAAUAAAAACACAUUUGACCUUUUUGUAGUUAUUAAAGCCAACUUGAAACAUGAUAAGUAUAGUAUCCUAGUAUUGUGUAAGUUUAUCCAUUCUUCUCAAAUAAAAAAAUCUAUCUCCCUAAUUUCGGAGUAAUCACACUCAAUGUCAGUAGGCUAAUAGCCUAUGCUUCAGACGGCGAGAGAUAGGUAGCCUACACACACUGGCAAAGAUUUUCAGCUGGCAGGCAGACACUGGAAUAAGUUUCUGAGUGACAGAGUGAGGGCUUUGCAUAGGCGCUUUUUUUUUGUGGGACUGAGAAAAAAAUGCCCCAAAUGUAAAAGAACAAAUGAACCAGUUCCCUUGCUUCAAAAAUAACGGUUCUGUUCCGGAACAGUAUAGAUCACUUUCGUUCCCAGUUCUGAUUCUGUUCCUCAAUUGUUGUUAUUUUCCAGUCUUUGGUUUUGUUCCCUGAACCUGUUCCAACUCCUAGUCACAACCUAACCUGUCUGGCAAACAAGUUUGCUCAGAGGUUAUAAAUUAAUGGGCAUGCUGCCAAAAUGGCAAUAUGAUAUGAAGCAUGAUUUGAGAAUUUAAGUGGGUUGUCAUCAAACAAUAUGGAUUCCAUAGCCAAUUACUUUUUUUGUGAUCAAAUACACAUGGACAAAGAAACAAGUAACAAGACCUGGACAAGACAAAAAUUGCCAACUACUUUAUUUGGAGUUGCCCAUUUUACCAUUGCCCCACCAAACUAUAAGAAGCUAGAUAAGCAUGCUUUUUAAAUGUGGUGGCUCGAGGUCAUGUCAGUAAGCCCAUCACCUGCCAUCUAUGGUCACACUGAUUGGUCUAUGGUCACCAUGCUUUGAAUGAAUAAUGGUUUUGUGGCAGCCUUAUGUGAGGUAAGACUAAAGUCCUGAAAUGUCUUUAAAAUGAUGCUAUUUAAACUCCAAUGCCUGUGUGCAUACUGCUGUUUUAGCCCAUCCCGCCACAGUCGUCACUUUUUAAAGUCUGUUCACGUUUUGUGCCAGUAAUGAUUUUGGUUCGGUUCUGAGGGUGGGAUGGAUGGAGGUGUAUUGUGAGUUCUGAAGAACACUGUCUCUGGAGCUCCACUUUUGCUUCAAUACUGAGGGAGGCACCAAUCCCACUAGGACCCCCACUACCUGUCUGUGUCUGAAGUGCCUCAUGCCGUUUCUGCAUGGAUACCUGAGAAGUGUAUAUUACAAACCAUCAGUCCCACCUUACCUCUCAACACAUUAAAUGGUAUGGCAUUUCCCCUAGCGACUGUUUAUUGGAUCAUGGGAUUAAUCAGAAGUAUGAAACACGAUUGGUGGCUGGAUUUGACGUGCCAAUCACGAGCCUGAUCACAGAUGAUGGCAUUCAACAAGCAAGCUGUGAAAGCAUGUGCCAUAGAUACAGGCUGGUCCUAUAAAAGGAAAAAAGCUGUAUGAUUUUGGUUUGUUUUAAGAAAUGUUUUUCUUCUAAUAUCAUUGUACUGUAUUUGUGAAUGCCCUGAGUUGUGAAACCGUUAGUGUACGUUUGUACAGUUGGACUGCUGCCCACCCUAUUGUCAUUGUGUGGUGGCAUUGAGUGGAAGUCGAGUACUGUUCUGUACUUUGGUUAGAGUCAACCUCAACUGUCCCUGUCCCAGUUUGAAGUACUGAACAUUAUCCAAGGUAUAGUUAGAUUUAGUUGGGGUUUUUUUUGGUUCCUUUUAUGUCCCACUCAGUUGAUCUUAUUGCAUGCAGCUGCUUUUGUAUCCUUUUUUUUUGUUUUUUAAUACAUUUUUUGUGUUUGCCUUAUAAGACAAACUAGAGUAUGAGACAGACCGGUGUGUGUGUGUGUAGGCGUGUGAAUGAGUAACCAUAAACCGUUAUCUGUGGACUGAUAAGGCUUCAGAAACUGUUUCCCAGACUAAUGCUGUUUCCCAAUUGAUGCGGAUGCCCUAGAAUCUAGAUAUACCACAAACCAAUGUUUUAUAGUGCUUGUGGCACAGGGAUCCCAGUUGGCCACUGUUAGCCUGUUAGCCUUGCCUUUUAGCCUAUCCACACACAAGCAAGGCCCUUCUUUACCUGUGGGCUCAGAGAAGAGCUGUUUGUUAGCAGGGGAGGCUAGUCAGUGACACAUUCACAUUUACAGCUUCAAAAUCACCUGUCCUGUUUUUUUAAUAUACUGGAUUUGUUACUGUUAGUAUCUGUUUUGUUUGUUUGUUUUAUUAGUGGGCUUAAGAAGCACUUAAAGAUUCAUGGCGUUAUUGCUGCUUCAACAGGUCUGGUUUAUGGCAGAGAAGUUGUCUCUAAGCUGUCUUGUGAAAAAAAGGUUAUUCUUAAUAAACAUUAGUUUCCUUUUA